GAGACUACUACAUCAAACACGAAUAUCUCGGCUGCCGUUACCGCUAGUUCCACGCAGACUAGGACCUCCUCUGCCGUGGGGUCAUCCAACGUUGAUGUGGUGGCUCACCUCAAUAAGCUGUACGAAGAGAUAGGAAAGUUAAAACUCGAUAGGAGAUCUAGAGGUCGUUCACAUAGCCGCACCAGCUCGACUCGUGGCAGAUCUUCGUCACGAGCUGGCAGCAGACGUCGUAGGCCUAAAAAUUCCCAGCCUGGAGUGUGCUGGUAUCACCGGCGUUAUGGUGAUAAGGCCCAAAAGUGCACUCGCCCGUGCACCUUUGAUGGCCAGCAAUCGGGAAACCUGUAAGCCAGCAUGUAUUGGCGACUAACGUCGCUGGCGAACCACUUCCAUGUCGCCUCUUCUAUGUUACCGACCGUACCACUGGGACACGCUUCCUAGUUGACACUGGGGCGGAAGUUAGCGUAAUCCCACCAACAUCUGAAGAGCGCAAGCGGCCACUUUCCGUACAGCUUCGCGCCGCAAACGGUUCACCAAUCACAACGUAUGGCAAAAAGUUCCUGGACCUUAACAUAGGCCUACGUAGGUCAUUUCGCUGGGUUUUCCUUGUAGCAGAUGUAACUACUGGUAUUAUUGGCAUGGAUCUCAUGCAACACUAUCAGCUACUGGUUGAUACUGGCAAACACAAACUGAUCGAUUCAGCUACAAGCCUUUCGAUCUCCGGUGUUGUGACACACACACCUGCAUUAAGCCCAGUAUACUCAACCCCUGCCUCUAACGGCCCUUACGCUGAAGUUCUUCAGUCCUUUGCCAAUCUGUUCAAACCGGUUUCUAAACUUCCUAGUGUGACGUCUACUGUCACUCAUCAUAUCGUGACCACUGGUCCACCGGUCUUCGCUAAACCACGGCGAUUGUCCCCAGAAAAACUACAAGCCGUGAAGGCUGAAUUCGAACAUAUGUUAGAUAUGGGGAUAAUCCGUCCUUUCAGCAGCCCGUGGUCUUCCCCUUUACACGUGGUACCAAAGACUAACGGGAUAGAUUGGAGGCCUUGUGGUGACUACCGCAGGCUUAACGCACAGACCGUACCUGAUCGUUACCCCGUACCACACAUUCAUGACCUUACGUCGUCUCUCAAGGGUGCCACGGUAUUCAGUAAACUGGACUUAACCAGGGCCUAUCACCAGAUUCCAGUUCACCCAGAUGAUAUUCCUAAAACGGCAGUGACCACCCCUUUUGGUCUUUUCGAAUUUCUUCGAAUGCCGUUUGGUCUCCGCAACGCCGCACAAACAUUCCAGCGGUUUAUUCACGAUGUUUUGCGAGGAUUAGAUUGCGCACAUGCUUACCUCGACGAUAUUCUCGUGGCUAGCCCAGACGAAGCUAGCCACCGUACGCAUCUACAGAUGGUUUUCGAGCGGCUAACAGCCCAUGGUUUGACACUAAACAUGUCCAAAUGUCAGGUUGGCGUCCAUUCAUUGACCUUCCUGGGACAUGUCAUUAAUGAGCAGGGAAUUCGCCCGCUACCUGAGAAGGUACAGGCAAUACGCGACUUCCCGGAACCUGCGUCAAUGAAAUCUUUACGCACAUUUCUCGGCAUGGUGAGCUAUUAUCGACGGUUCGUCCCCCAAUGUGCACAUAUUUUACUGCCACUCACAGACCUACUAAAGGGUAGGAACAAAACGUUCAGCAUGACAUCAGAGGCUCGAGAAGCCUUCCAGAAUAUAAAGUCGGCAAUUGCAGACGCCACCAUGCUAGUCCACCUUGACGUCCAUCUUCCACUUAGCAUCUCAGUUGACGCAUCUAACACAGCCAUUGGAGCUGUUCUACAGCAACUGGUACAUACUUCAUGGAUACCAGUUGCCUUUUUCUCCCGGAAGUUGUCCGCCGCGGAAGCGAGGUAUAGCACCUUUGGCAGAGAACUCCUCGCCAUAUACGCGGCUAUCAAACAUUUUCGCUAUUUUGUCGAAGGACGGAAAUUCACAGUAUUUACCGAUCACAAGCCACUGACGUAUGCCCUCCACACUACUACAGAUAGAUAUUCCCCACGCGAAUUGCGUCACUUGGAUUAUAUCUCUCAAUUCACUUCGGAUAUUAGACAUAUUUCGGGGGUGGACAAUGCUGUGGCAGACGCCUUGUCUCGGAUAUGUACCAUGUCGGCGCCUCCAACCAUUGACUUGAAACAAAUGGCGCAACGUCAGCUUACAGAGUUAGAUCUUGAUAAGCUGUCGUCAAAUACCUCCUUACAUAUCAAGCGUAUACCGCUCGUUAAUAACGACGUCUGCUGCCAGCUCGUGACGAAGAUCUGCCACGAGUCGAGCUGGUGCGGCUAUGUGAACGACCUCUAGAUCUCCUAUCGAGUUUUAACUUUCCUAUCUCUUCGUACAGCUUAUUGAGGUGAGCCACCACAUCAACGUUGGAUGACCCCACGGCAGAGGAGGUCCUAGUCUGCGUGGAACUAGCGGUAACGGCAGCCGAGAUAUUCGUGUUUGAUGUAGUAGUCUCUACUACUCUAUCGGCUGCCUCAGCUAGCUCAGAUAAGGGGGAAUGGUUGAUUGGGGCUAAAAUAGUCUGAAUCGUCUGGGGUAACCGUUGUAACCACAGCUGUUUCAAGAAGGCAUCGUCUAUUUUGAAGUCGGCCACCAACUGCCUCAUUUGACGUAACAGUUGGGUGGGCUUUCUAUCACCUAGGUGAACAUCUCGGAAUAGUUCCUGCGCUUUCUGUUGUUCGGUAAGUGCCACGAGCUUAAUAAGCGCCUGCUUGAGACGCUCGUACAAGCCC